CAGGGACCUGCGUGUGCUGUGUUUCUCGCUGCCGUCUGGGUUGUUUUGUUUCUUUCGGUGGGUUUCAUUAGGUUCGUCGUCUAUUAGGUUUGUUUUGUGCCCAUUCUUCGGCGAACUUGUCUUUAGGGCUGUUUAUUUGUCUGCCAACUGUGCAUCGUCGUAGGAGCUGGCGAUCUGCGCUGUAAACAACACUCUCGGCAAGCCAACCGCCGGCCGGCGACUCUCACAGCGGACGGUACUGCUGAGAGCAAGGAGGUCAUUCCCUUGUCGCCAGUAUUGUUUCGAGAAGGGCCGUAGUCCGAGCUAAAAAACGCGUUGCAGCGCAAAUGUCGGCGAUCCCUCCGCAGCGGAUCCGGCUAUCGCCUAGCUCCGUGGCCGCCGCAGCGUCCAGCAAGCCGGUUCGCCCUACGCUGCCGCUGGCGUUGAUGCGACAGGGCAGCCCGACGCAGAGGAACGCUGUCCGGAGGUCGUCUCCCUCGCCUCCAAUGUACUGGGCGCAAGACAGUGUCCGAAUGAAAAGCAGACAGUCGCCUGAUCAGAGGAUAUCGCCCGACAACAAGGCGUCGUCGACAGCGCAGGCACCCAAAGGUGUGUGCCUUUCUGCUGCCGAUUGCAAAGCCAAGCCACUGAGCCUGCUUGGAGGGCUCAUGCGGCGCACAGCCUCCCUAGACGCCAUCUACUUGUCUGCACAGUGGCCGCGGGAUCUGCACAGCUACUGCGGCCGCCCCAUGGUUGACAGGGCCACACAGACUCCUGAUGACUGGAAAGAAGUGGAGAGGAUGAAAUUUGUUCAGAAGAAACCUGCUUUGCCUUCGGGUGACUCUCUAGAAAUGAAGUAUAUUCGUCAGCGGCUACAGCGGACGGCCCAAGGGGGGCGGACGUCGCCGCGCUGGAGCCCUGUACAAGGGGACCAUCAGCUAGGGCUGGCAGCUUUGUCCCCACCACUGUCCCCGUCCGUAGCACCUCCACCUCCUUCGGGCCCAAUCCCCAUCCAGGCCAGGCCAGGACGGACGCCCCCAGGGGCUCCCCGCAUGCGCAACAGCGUGGAGGGACUGAACCAGGAAAUCGAGCGUCUGGUUUUGAAAGGCAUCUCGGCAUCAGGCACAGAAAACGAAGCAGAACUGGAAAGGGUUAUGGGUCCUACGCCGGAAGGGCACCGGGCACCCAUUGCAGAACUCUUUCACUCCACCUGCAGUGUGGACACCCAGACGCCAAGCGGCAGUGAUGGCAGCAAUGGUUUUGUCGAUGGUCCUUCCCGCCAUAGCUCUUCUCGUCCCGACAGCCUAGAAUGUGAUAAAAGUGCCUCCCCAGACUUGGAAGUAAGCGGUCACACAAGCAAGCUGGGAACCAGUCCACAAAUCAACAAAUUCCUCACAAGGGAGCCCCCCGAUGGUUGUGAGAAGGUGAAGAUCAUUGAUGAAGGAAGGAAGCCUGCAACCAGCCCUCUAAUGGGCGAUGGUACCGAAAACGUGCUCAAACCGAGCUGCCAGUUUGUGCUGCGGCCCAGUCAGAGCUCGGCCUUCUGCCCACUUGUGCGGAAUCCCUUCCAAGGGGUGCAUAGGCAGGGGCCUAUUGUUGACCCUUUCCUGCUCAACGAGAGGCUCCAGUGAAAGAGCUGGCACCUUCUCUUCUCUGACCAGCCCCAGCGAGAUGCCAUGGAGAGGGUGGCCGAACGGAGCCGCAGGAAUGCCUCCCACUCGUUUUCACCCGUGUGCCAUUGCUGCAGUGGCUAUCAUAUUUGGCACCCUUGGCUGCAGACCUUCUCUCCGACUCCCACUGUGACACAAGCGAUAAUGCCGACAUCGUCUCUCGAUUUGCUGUUCAGCUCUUUGUUUGUUCGCCUCUUCUUGGAAGGAAAGGGAGUCUGCUUUAUUGCCUCGGCUGUCCUUUUUAUUCGUCAGGCAGAGCAGCUGUUUUAUUGCCAGCAAGAGCACAAUUUUAUCGCAUGGGAUGAAGGUUUCAAUCCAAGGCUCACUGGCAGCUGUUUUGGCACGGUAAUUUUGUGAAACUGUUGUGUGUCAUUGUAAUUUGGGCGGCAAGAAGUAAGUGCAUAUGCCCGAGUUAGUUUCUCUAUCUGCCUUCUUUCUCAUAUGGCAGCUAGCUAUGUGUACAUUGUUAUGCAUUUGUGUGGCCUCGGACUGGAAGAAAUUUUGCGGGUUUUACAAUGCAGGUUCGAGCUACGCUUAGAGGAAGAAGAGUCCUUAGCUGAAAGCCUGUUUAGCCUCUUGUGUUUUUUGUGGCAACUGCCGUGCCCAUUUGUUGUAGUAAUAUUAGCUAAUAUGUGGGACUGGGCUCUAAUCGCGACUCUUCCUUUUUUUUUUUUUUGUUCGUUUAGGCAGUUUAGUUGGUCAUCAGAAGUUGUGAAGCAAGUGUUCUUUGAAUUUUGUUUUCAUAAUUUCACUUAUGAUUAUUUCACUACAGUUCUAACAACAUACUCCGACACUUUUUUAAUAAGCCCCGCGUGAGACUUUCCUUUCUUUUUGUAUUUAGUAUGUUCCUGAAUUUCAGGCGUACUAUUUAAAGUUCAAUGCACUCACUCCUCCCUUUUUGAAGGCUCUGAGUGGCAACCAGCAAAUGUUUCACAAAUCGUUGUGGUUUCGUGCGCUUUUUCCUCACACUUUUUUAGUCUUCCUUCUUUUAUUUAUUCCUCAUUUGUAAGGGUCAAGUGAAUUUCAAUACACCUCCUGGCUUCUUUUUUGCCUAAGGUUGCCAGGCACUAUGCUGUUAUAAGAAUAAGGAUUCACAUUGUUAUUGAUGUGCAUGACACUUUAUACUUUGGAAAAGAACAAAGCCAAUUUUUUUUUGUGUGCAUCUCGGAGAAGAACGUCUUACAAGGCCAACAGUAUGCCGACUGAACCGCUAGAUUCACUAUUUGCCUAAACCAUACGAUGACACAUAACUUGCCAUGUCAUGUUCAUGAUCAGCAUGCAUUGGGACUAACUCAAAUAGGUGGUUAUCAGGGCUCCAUCGACUCAUGUAUUUUUGUGGCGUAGUGCAUCAAAGGCAGAUUUGCUGGGAACUCCAUUUUCUUUGACAGAUAUUUCUUUGUUCUAGUUUCUAGAAAGGCAAGAAACAUACGAGCUUCAAGCCUCUAAAUAUUUCAGGCCAUCUUUAUCAUCCCCUGUGGUCCAAAAUGAAAGCAUUGACAAUAAGGAUGAUUUUUACUACUGUGCGCACAAAAAUUAUGCGGUUUGAAAUUUUCUUUCCAUUGUCAGGACGAUUUCACAAACCAUAGUAACAUAUGCCUCUAAAUGCUUUUCUAAGAGAGAUGUGCAAAUAUAUUGAAGCACUUUGAAAAGAAUGUCACCAACUGUUAUAGAGCCAAUUUCAUUUCUGUCUUUUUGUGGAGUCAUAAUAAGUUUCUUUAUUGGUUACCUAUAAGUAAAGAAAAUAAUUUAAGCCUAAUUAUUUUUGGAGUUAUUUCAAAUAUAAUUAAAAAUGCAAUUGAUUGUUGUCACAGCUAUUAGUGAUUGGCUUAGUUGUUAUUUGGAGGCUUCCGGCCUCCUUUGAUUACAUAGCGGCAAUCAAAAUUUCAAAGUUUGUAAUCCCUUUAUAUAUAAUACUGUAUUGGUGAGAUAGGCUUUAUUCACUUAUUUGGCACUUUUCAAUAAACAUUAAAGCAGCAUUCCUUUGCCACGUUCUGCCAUGUAUUGGAACAAACAGUCUUGCGUAGCAGCGUUGUGCUUUCUGCAUUGGAUGAGUAAGCGAGGUCGGAUGAUGUUGGAAAUGAUGCCUAUGGUAUAGGUUUUUUGUGCAAGUGACCUUGAUCCUCGCUCAAAGCGUGACUGCCUCACGAUGAGCAGGUAGCGAAGUUGCAACAGAUUCUGCUCAGUGUAGCCAUUUCCUUUUGUGGUCAUGAUUGGAGCCACCCGAUCAACUCACUGUUUUUUUUUUUUUUUUCAAUAUCCGAACCAGAAUGUGUGUCAAUUAAUUGCUCUUCAUUGUUUAGUAUUCUGACGAAGUGUAUUUUGUCACCUUUAAUUAGCAGAUAGAUG